GGAAAAAAAAACACACGGAGACUAGUCAUGGAGGCGAGGGUUGCAGCAGGGGUGCCCGCGGACGAGGAGUCCGGCCUCCUCCCCCGCGCGCGCCCGCCGCCGGCAGCCGCCGGCCGAGGGCGGACACCCUCCUCCUCCUCCUCCGCGGCGGCCCAGCGCCGCGCGCCCCCGCCGGCGGUCUGGGCGACGGUGGACGGGCCCCUGGGGAUGCCGCUGGAGGAGGCGGAGGGCCACGCGCGGCGCUUCUUCCUCUGGGGCUUCGCCUGCCUCCCCUUCCUCUGGGCCAUCAACUGCUGCUACUUCUGGCCCGUCCUCCGCUCCCCCGCCGCCUCCUCGCCCCCCGCCUUCGCCCCCAUCCGCCCCUAUGUCGUGCGUUCCGCGGUCGGCUUCACCAUCUUCGCUGCUGUUCUCCUCACCUGGGCCACGACUUUCAUCGUCGGAGGCGAGCGACUGUUCGGGCCGGUGUGGAAGGAUCUCGUGAUGUACAAUGUGGCGGACAAGCUCGGUCUCACCGGAUUCAUGGGGUAGAUUCCGCCGCACACAUCGCUUCGAGAAGGCUGACAUGCUUUGCUCCGACCAUUUGAUGUCUCACUGGUAGUACUUCUUUGUGCGUGAUGUUCUGGCAUGUCGUUAGUCACUGGUUUAGACUGAAGCUGGGCACUUGAGCAGUUGUAUUGCCACGGGCGCACAGAAGCCCGUUUCGAGUAAUUAAGGAUCUUAUGUGUAAAUGUAGGGUCGAACCAGCCCACUUCAGCUAUGGGGAAAAAGUUAGCAGAAAAUGUAUUGAAGAGCUGGCUUGUUUGCUGCCUGAUUGUCUCUUAA